AUGUUUCCAACAGCUCUCAAGGCCGGGGUCUGGACCAGAGUGCUGUCGUGUCCCAAGAGUUCCACAAGCCGUUUAGGGAUUCUAGCAUCGACCACAGCUUGGAUAGCCUCAGUUGGACCAUCACUCAAGUAUGAAAUUGCCCAGCACGCGUCAAUCAGAGUUUCCACGUCCACAGAAAAAAUUAGUUUAGCCAGCGUUGGCAAAGCACCCUUGACAAUCUGCCAGUCUGGUUGUGGGUUCUUUCCACGACACAAGUUGGACAAAGUCCAUGUAGCUGUACGGAUGAGCGACAUCUUGGAUGACUGGAACAGAGAGAGAACCGGAUCCAUGGCAUUGCAAGAAAGAACGUAG